CCAUGACAUCUCGGUGUUUUGCUUUUCUGUUCUGUUCUGCUUUGCUUCCUUCUCGCACCCUCCUCGCCCUGUUUAUUAUAUUCUAUUCUUAUCUGUGAUUCCUUCGCCGGCGCGAGAGAAUGCGAUCAACCGUUGCUGUGCAAUGAUCAAACUAUCCCACUUAAUUCGAAUCUUCGUCUUUUUAGUAAUUUCAGAAUGGGGCGCAAAGCAUGUCGAAGCGCAAAUGUUGGGGCAAUUCGGGCUUGCGCGACCAUCUCGAGGUGACCAAAGGCUGCGUGAGAGGCAGAACGGAAAUGGCAACGGGAAUAACAACAAUGGCAAUGGCAACAACAAUAACGGGAACAACAAUAACAACAACAACGGACCAAACAAGGAUGGAUUCAACAUAAUGAACGGACGGAUACUGACGCCAGGACUGGGAAUAGUACUUGCGCCUCAACCAUUCACGCCUAUGGGCGGUGAUUUCCUCCAUAUAGCUCUCGACGUCUCUGGUGAUGGCAAGCUCCAAGUUCCACCACGAAAUAUUGACGAUCCCUUGACCCAAGUAUUCAACUUCACUCUGUUUUUGACGUCAAACACCUUGUCCAAAAAUUUCACAAUCUCAAACAUAACCACCACGACUCCGCCCCUCGCCAACAUCAUGAAUCAAGAGUCCGGGCAAACGGUCAAACACAUCAAUUUCGAGUGGCCGGAUUGUUUAGUCGGUGAUGGAAACGAUGAGUUCAACACUACAGCUCGCGGCGAUUACAACAUCUCGAUCCACCAGAACUUCAGACUCAAUGGGUCGAGUCACUACAGUAUAUUCAAUCUUCCGAUUUCUGUCACCAACAGUAUCAGUCAGUUCCCUGGGGCCAGCCAACUGCUCACCAAACCUCCCCCGGGACCUCUCAGUACGACUGGAGGAAGAAUAAGUUGCGAUCUCAUCAACAAUCCCAUGAUAGACUUCGCUUCUCUAGUUGCGAGUGUGAACAACCCUCCAGGUCAACCAUACCAAGACAUCGCGAUCGAAACAUCACAGAGAACAGACGGCGGUCAGGUGGGCGGCCCUGGAUCCUCGAAUGGAGGCGGAGGAAGUGGUGGUUCGACCGGCAAUGGUGGAAAUGGUGGAGGAGGACAGGGUUCAAUUGGGACUGGGAACACUGGAAUUAAUGGCAACGGGGCUUUGGGAGCUGGCAACAAGAUGUUAAAGGUACGGUGGCCCAGCAUGUGGAGUAUGUUUUUUGUCACGGUUGCAGUCGUAAUGGCAGGUUGA